AUGAGUCUGUUGUUGGAUGAAGUGGACCACGAACAGCAGAAGCUGACGGAGGUGCAAAAGUUCGUGUCCGCCGAGAACUUGGCUGCGAAGGCGUUCCCACACGUGGACGGGCGCCGCCACAUGGCCGCCAUACACGUGGACGGGCGCCGAACCGAGACUGCGCCAAUGAUGGUGAGACAGGGGCUGGAGAGCCUCAUCCGCAAGCUCCGGGCAUUGCAGGCCGAGGUCAAGCAGGCUCUUCUGGGCCUUCCCAGUCCGGUGAAGGCUGAGACCGUGCCAACACCCGCCUACACCCCGAUGGUGCCGCGGCCAGAGAGGGAACACGAGCACUUGCAGCAGCUGGAGGCGAAGCGCGAUGUCACGACAUCGUUGAGUGCGAAAUACGGCCUGGUAGACCGGGGGCUAAGGGCUGGCAGAAGUGAGUGCGGCGUGGGCGUGAAGCUUUGCUUCCCACAGGAGAUGAUGCCAUCGGUCCUCGAGAAGAUCGACCAAGCGGAGGACGAGGUGACCAUCGCAGCGGCGCCGCUGCAGGUGGAGAGUGGAGAGGAGCUUCGGCCCGUGAUGCUGCAGCUGCUCAAAUCUGCUCGUUUGCUUGUGAAGCUUCAGAAACACACCCCAUUUCCAGCCCUUUCCCGGCCACGCGCGCGACACCGGGACACCGCUGCGGCCGUCGGGCGCCGCGACGGGAUGGCGGGCUUCGAUGGCGAGCGGGGCUCGGUGUGGCGGGCGGCCAAAGCGCAGCUCUACCUGUCCGAGGCGGCACAGGUGAAGCGACUGGUGGGUGCCGAGCGGAUCCAUCGCAACAAGGAUGCUCUUCGAGAGCUCAACUGCUUCCAGGAGAUCCUGGGCGAUCUGCACGCGGGGCAGUUCGGCCGCGCGCCCGAGCGGCGGCAGGCGGCCGAGGAGGCGCAGCGGCGCUGGGAGCGGCUGAAAUUGGAAGCGCAACGGCAUGGUGUGAAAGCUGAAACCAUCUGCGAAGUGCCUGCCAACAUCCUGUCCUAUGUGCAGUGCCUGGGAUCCUGCGGAUCUCCGCCUUCGAAAAGCCUCGUGGAGGAUGAGGAGAGCUUCACGUGUGCCUCCUCGACACGAGCGCCCAGCACCAGCGCUCGGGUGGAUGAGACCUUGAGCUUGGCCACAGCCGAGUUAGUCUCGGAGAUUCGUCUCUUGGAUGAUUGGCCACCCGGCGCCCGGCAACGCCGCCACAGCACGGAGUUGCAGAAGCUCGCUGUGGAAUUGAAGGAACAGUUGGACCAGGAGUACACGGCACUGAUGGCCUCCAUUGAGGAGAUCCAAGCCUUGAUGGAAGCCGAAGUGGCAGGCGAUGCGCGGCUGCCGUCGGUGGAAGAGCUUGAAGGCUUCGUGGCCAGGAUUGAUCGGGCUUUGGCUACUUGGCCAAGUUCGGCUCCUCCCAUUGAUCCAGCGCCUGAGCACCGAGCACCGAGUGCUGGUGCAGGCUGUGCCGGCGCGGAAGUGGUGGAACCGAAGGGAGGCAGUGAUCGAAGUUCUGCUUGCGAGAUUGACCUGUGGCUGGACGCAGCGUUAGAGAUUGGAGAGAUUUAUCCCCUCCAGACCCCACCAGCGCCCAGCGUCGCUGUACUGGUGCCUGAAGCGUGUCGAAGAGAACGGCCUCGUUGGGCGGACUUGAACUCCGACUCCGACGACGCCGCAGCCCCCGCGGCGUGCGCGGCGUCGCUGACGCUGUCCGCGCCGGCGGUGGCGGAGUGUGCGAGGUGCCAGCGGCUCCUCACCAAGAGCUCCUUUAGCCGCCGCAGCUGGCGUCAGGUUCGGGGCAAAGGCGCCUUGGGCCAACGGCCUGUGGAUCGCGCUUGGUGUCGCGACUGUGGCAAAGCCUGAGGAUCUUAGGCAUGUGUUUUGGUCCACCCAAGCAGCCCGAAGGGGAAAGGAGGGAUAAGGAAGGCGGGCCAGUGGGGU